AUGGAGGCAGAGGAGGAGGAGUCCGAGGAGACAGUCGAAUCCCUGGAGGCCAAGCUUGAAGAAUUCAGGGCCAUCCCCAGGUAUAACAUUUCUGAUGAUUUAAAGGUUGGCUUUUUCACCACAGACCAUGCCACCCAAACAGACCACACCGAAAUUUUGCCAGUAAAGGAGUUGAGUUUAUCUACACGGAAGUUACUGCAGAUGGUCGAAUCUAUCCAGCUGGAUUUUGGGUUCCUCAAACAGCUGCUGCAGUUGAAGUUUGAGGACCAGCUGAAGGAGCAGUCUUUAAAUCUCUUCAGCGUUCUCUACGACCGGAUCCUGGAAAUCGAAAAGCACCACCAGCAGAAUGAGGAGAACCUGAGAAAAUGCUUCCGCCAGCAGCUGGCCGAUGCCAUCGCCGUCAUCAGGGGCUCCUACAAGCAUUUCUUCGACGUAGAUGAAGAGAAGGCUGCUUUGCAAGACGUAACCAGUGUCAAGAUGGGCGUUUUGCUAAGAAAAUUAAAAGAGAGGGAAGAACUGAUCAAAGAGUUAAAAGAAGAACUGGACCAAAAUGAGGAAUAUGGGUUCAAAAAAGUGGACUCCUUUGCCAUAAAGACCAGCUCUACCAAAUCAAACGUGGACAAGGAGGUCCUGGAAUACAAGCUGGAGAACGAGCGCUUGCUGCAGGUCGUUGCAGAACUCGAAGAAGAGCUGCAGAUGAACCUCAAAGAAAAUGCGGAUUUAGAAGCUGAAUAUCUAAGUCUGAAAGAGAACUCAGAAAAGGAUCAGAAAACCAUUCAAAAGUUAAUUGAUGGCAGAGCGAGAUUAAAAUACGAGCUCGACUGUGAAAAGGCGUUGGUUCAAGAAAUGAUUAACAAGCAGAGAGAAGACAUAGAGAGGAGAAAGCCGGAGAGCCUGGCCUUCAAGAGCAUGCGAUCCAUCAAGGGGAAAGAAACCACUUCUCUCCUGCGGCAGAAAGAAACCUUCAUCUCCUUGUUUCCGCCCUCCUCUUCCUCCGCUGUCGCUGCUGUUGCUGCCGCCGCUGUAGCUGCGGCCGCUGCUGCCACCUCAACCAUCGCCUCCUCCAGAGGAUCAAGCCAGGCUCACUCUGUCUCCUUCAGCGAAUCAGUGAAGAAGAAGAAAACCAAGUCUGCCAAGAGAUUGUCCAAGGAGGGCCGACGCUCCGCGGAUGACGAGAGAAAAAUGCUGUAUAUGCAGAUAGAGACCCUGCAGGCGACGCUGGAGUCAGAGACCAAGAAGUUAGAAAGAUACAAGAAGGAGGCAGAGCAGAUCAACAAAAACUGGGAGAAGAAGUUCUUCAUCCUCAGGAACAGCUAUCACAUGCUCAAGGACGAGAUGUUCAUGAGACACACGCUGUUCCGUCAGUUUGCGGUGCUGACUGACACGUCCUUCAAUUACAUCAAAGCGAAGCCUCUGUACAUCCAGUCCAAGACGAAUCUGGUGGACACCUCGCCCAGCUCCAGUGACCACCGCCUGCCCUCGAUAGACGUGGCAUACCUGGACAUGGAGGAACGGAUGUCCUUCCCUCGGCAUUCCAGAGGGAGGAUGUCGGGCAGCCUGAAGGAGCCCUUGAAGAGGUUAUCCGCGCCCCAGGAGAAGCCCUUGACGGAAGAGGACAAAGAAUGA